AGGAGGGGGCCUGCCGAGAGGCUGCAUCAUCCCCAUCCUUCGCCGCCGCCGCGCUUCCCAGGUAGCAACAUGGCGAGGUCGGCCUGAGGCGAGGCGAAGCAGCAGCAGCGCCGCCGCCGCCUCCUCCUCCUCCUCAGCAACCUCUUUCCCCCUCCAGUCCCCGGCUUCCGAAGCAACCCCGCCCUGCCCAACCCCGCCUCUGGCCUCCUUCGGCGGAGACUGAGGACGGAGAGCCGCGGCCGGCGGGCCGGCAGCUGCAGCAGCAGCCCCGCGAUGGCAGCCUGCGAGCUUUACACCAAGUAUGCAAGGAUUUGGAUCCCUGAUCCAGAAGUUGUCUGGAAGUCAGCAGAACUCCUGAAAGAUUAUAAACGAGGAGACAAAGUCCUCCAUCUUAAAUUAGAAGAUGGCAAGGAUCUUGAAUAUAAGCUUGAUCCUAAAACUAAGGAGCUUCCACCCCUGAGGAACCCAGACAUACUUGUGGGCGAAAAUGACCUGACCGCACUCAGCUAUCUCCAUGAACCCGCUGUUCUCCAUAACCUCAAAGUUCGAUUUAUAGACUCCAAACUCAUUUAUACAUAUUGCGGCAUAGUUUUAGUGGCCAUAAAUCCUUAUGAACAGCUGCCUAUCUAUGGCGAAGAUAUCAUCAACGCAUACAGCGGCCAGAACAUGGGGGAUAUGGACCCACACAUCUUUGCUGUGGCUGAGGAAGCAUAUAAACAAAUGGCCAGAGAUGAACGGAACCAGUCGAUCAUUGUAAGUGGGGAAUCUGGAGCUGGAAAGACAGUCUCCGCGAAAUAUGCAAUGAGAUAUUUUGCCACCGUAAGUGGAUCUGCCAGUGAAGCUAAUGUUGAAGAGAAGGUAUUGGCUUCCAAUCCUAUAAUGGAGUCUAUUGGGAAUGCCAAAACCACGCGGAAUGACAACAGCAGUCGUUUUGGGAAGUAUAUUGAAAUUGGCUUCGAUAAGAGAUAUCGAAUCAUUGGUGCUAACAUGAGAACGUACCUCCUAGAAAAAUCAAGAGUGGUGUUCCAGGCAGAGGAGGAGAGAAAUUACCAUAUCUUCUACCAACUCUGUGCUUCUGCAACAUUGCCUGAAUUUAAAACGUUGCGAUUAGGGAAUGCAAACUAUUUUCAUUAUACAAAGCAAGGGGGCAGUCCAGUGAUCGACGGGAUUGAUGAUGCCAAAGAGAUGGAGAACACUCGGCGGGCUUGCACUUUGCUAGGUAUCGUUGAUUCCUAUCAGAUGGGAAUUUUCCAGAUCCUCGCUGCUAUUCUUCACCUGGGCAAUGUGUCCUUCACAUCUCGAGACGCUGACAGCUGUACAAUACCACCCAAACACGAACCCCUCAGCAUCUUCUGCGGUCUCAUGGGGGUGGAGUACGAACAGAUGGCUCACUGGCUUUGCCAUCGGAAACUUGCUACGGCCACUGAGACCUACAUCAAGCCGAUUUCCAAACUGCAGGCCGUCAACGCCAGGGAUGCUCUUGCUAAGCACAUCUAUGCAAAUCUCUUUAACUGGAUUGUAGAUCAUGUGAACCAAGCUCUACAUUCCACCAUGAAGCAGCACUCCUUCAUUGGCGUCUUGGACAUCUAUGGGUUUGAAACAUUUGAGAUCAACAGCUUUGAACAGUUCUGUAUAAAUUAUGCCAAUGAGAAACUACAGCAACAAUUCAAUAUGCAUGUCUUUAAGCUGGAACAAGAAGAAUACAUGAAGGAACAAAUUCCAUGGACCUUGAUAGAUUUCUAUGAUAAUCAGCCUUGUAUUAACCUGAUAGAGGCCAAAUUGGGCGUUUUGGAUUUGUUGGAUGAAGAAUGUAAGAUGCCCAAGGGUUCUGAUAAUAGCUGGGCCCAGAAAUUGUACAAUACACAUUUGAAUAAAACAGCGCUCUUUGCGAAGCCCCGACUGUCAAACAAAGCGUUCAUCAUCCAGCACUUUGCUGACAAGGUGGAAUAUCAGUGUGAAGGGUUUUUGGAAAAAAACAAAGACACUGUCUAUGAAGAACAAAUUCAAGUUCUAAAAUCAAGUAAGCUUAAAAUCCUGUCUGAGCUGUUUCUGGACGUGAAGGCCAUCAGCCCCACUUCAGCAACAUCCUCUGGCCGCACGCCGUUGUCUCGAACAGCCAUUAAACCCACCAAGUCUAAGACGGACCAAGCAAGCAAAGAACACAAGAAAACAGUGGGUCAUCAGUUUCGAAAUUCUCUGCAGCUCCUGAUGGCAACUCUUAAUGCCACAACUCCGCAUUACGUCCGGUGUAUUAAGCCAAAUGACUUCAAAUUUCCAUUCAUGUUUGAUGAAAAGCGGACUGUACAGCAGCUUAGAGCUUGUGGUGUGCUGGAAACAAUCCGAAUUAGCGCUGCAGGUUUUCCUUCAAGGUGGACAUAUCAAGAAUUCUUCAGCCGCUAUCGUGUCCUGAUGAAACAGAAAGAUGUCCUUGGGGACAGGAAGCAGACGUGUAAAAAUGUCCUGGAGAAGCUGAUUCUGGACAAGGAUAAGUACCAGUUUGGGAAGACAAAAAUAUUUUUCCGGGCUGGCCAAGUAGCUUAUUUGGAAAAAAUAAGGUCCGAUAAACUGCGAGCCGCUUGUGUCCGCAUCCAGAAGACCAUCAGGGGGUGGCUGAUGAGGAAGAAAUACCUCCGCAUGAGGAAGGCGGCCAUCACCAUUCAGAGAUACGUCAGAGGAUACCAGGCACGAUGCCUUGCCACCUUCCUUCGAAGAACUCGAGCAGCCAUCAUUAUUCAGAAAUUCCAGCGCAUGUACAUCAUUCGCAAACGGUAUCGCCGCACACGAGCAGCCACUGUGGUUCUGCAGUCGUAUUCACGAGGAUACAUUGCCAGGAAGCGGUACCGGAGGAUGCUUCGGGAGUACAAGGCUACAGUUAUUCAGAAGCAUGUGCGUGGCUGGCUGGCUCGCUCGCGCUACCAUCGGGCUCUGGAGGCGAUUGUCUACCUGCAGUGCUGUUACCGGCGCAUGAUGGCCAAGCGAGAGCUGAAGAAGCUGAAGAUAGAGGCGCGCUCUGUGGAACACUACAAGAAGCUCAACGUUGGCAUGGAGAACAAGAUCAUGCAGCUCCAGCGUAAACUUGAUGAACAGAGCAAAGACUCCAAGUCUUUACUUGAGAAGCUAACAAGUCUAGAAGUGACAUACAGUUCAGAGACGGAGAAGCUGAAAAGUGACGUAGAAAGGCUUAAGAUGAGCGAGGAAGAGGCCAAGAACGCCACCAACCGGGUCCUGAGCCUUCAGGAGGAGAUCACCAAGCUCCAAAAAGAACUGCACCAAACACAGACUGAGAAGAAGUUGAUCCAAGAAAAGGCAGAGAUAUACAAACUGGAAACAAAUCAGUUGGUGCUGGAACUGAAAGAGCAAAACACGCUGCUUAAAAAAGAAAAAGACGACCUGAACCUUCGCAUCCAGAACCAAGCCAAAGAGAUGACAGAUGCUAUGGAGAAAAGGCUUAUGGAAGAGACGAAACAGCUGGAGCUGGAUCUGAACGACGAAAGGCUACGCUAUCAGAAUCUGCUCAAUGAAUUCAGCCGGUUAGAGGAGCGAUAUGACGAUCUGAAGGAUGAGAUGAAGCUGAUGGUGAACAUCUCUAAACCUGGGCACAAGAGAACUGAUUCCACUCACAGUAGCAAUGAAUCGGAAUACACCUACGGCUCUGAGAUCACAGAGGCUGAAGAGCUUCCCAUGAGAAUGGAGCAGGAGCCAAGUGAAAAGAAAGCACCCCUCGAUAUGUCUUUAUUCCUCAAGCUACAAAAACGGGUUACCGAGUUGGAGCAGGAAAAGCAGUCCUUGCAGGAUGAACUGGACAGAAAGGAGGAGCAGGUUCUUCGAGCCAAGGCCAAGGAAGAAGAACGGCCCCAGAUGAGAGGAGCAGAGCUUGAAUAUGAAUCCCUUAAGCGUCAAGAGCUUGAAUCAGAGAACAAGAAACUCAAGAAUGAGUUGAAUGAGCUGCGGAAGGCCUUGAUAGAGAAGAAUGCUCCGGGUGUCACCGCGCCAGGUGCCCCGGCAUACAGGGUCCUCUUGGAGCAGAUGACGUCAGUCAGCGAGGAGCUGGAGGUCCGCAAAGAAGAAGUCCUCAUCCUUAGGUCACAAUUGAUGAGCCAGAAAGAGGCCAUUCAGCCCAAGAACACCAUGACAGAUUCCACAAUUCUUUUGGAGGAUGUACAAAAGAUGAAGGAUAAAGGAGAGAUAGCCCAAGCGUAUAUUGGUCUGAAGGAGACAAACAGAUCAUCUCUUCAGGACUGUCACUUGCUGAAUGAGGAUGGAGAGCUGUGGCUGGUAUAUGAAGGGCUAAAACAAGCCAACAGGCUCCUGGAAUCUCAACUGCAGACCCAGAAGAGGAGCCACGACAAUGAACUGGAAGCCCUCCGUGGCGAGAUUCAGAGUCUGAAGGAGGAGAACAAUCGCCAGCAACAGCUGUUGGCACAGAACCUGCAGCUGCCCCCUGAAGCUCGGAUAGAGGCCAGUCUGCAGCACGAGAUCACUCGCCUGACUAAUGAAAACUUGUAUUAUGAGGAGUUAUAUGCAGAUGACCCUAUGAAGUAUCAAUCGUACCGGAUUUCGCUUUACAAACGGAUGAUUGAUCUAAUGGAGCAGCUUGAAAAACAGGACAAGACAGUCCGCAAGUUGAAAAAGCAGCUCAAAGUAUUUGCCAAGAAGAUAGAUGAACUUGAAGUUGGCCAGAUGGAGAACAUUUCCCCCGGGCAAAUAAUUGAUGAGCCGAUCCAUCCUGUUAAUAUUCCAAGGAAAGAAAAAGAUUUUCAAGGAAUGUUGGAAUAUAAGAAAGAGGAUGAGCCAAAGCUUGUCAAAAACCUUAUUUUAGACUUGAAGUCACGAGGGGUGGCAGUCAACCUCAUCCCAGGUCUGCCGGCAUACAUUUUGUUCAUGUGUGUCCGCCAUGCUGACUACCUAAACGACGAUCAAAAAGUCAGAUCUUUGCUGACUUCCACGAUUAACGGCAUUAAAAAGAUUCUGAAGAAAAGAGGUGAUGAUUUUGAAACAGUGUCCUUCUGGCUAUCGAACACCUGCCGCUUCCUACACUGUUUGAAGCAGUACAGUGGUGAAGAGGGAUUUAUGAAGCACAACACAUCUCGUCAGAAUGAACACUGCCUCACCAAUUUUGACCUUGCUGAGUACAGACAAGUACUGAGUGACUUAGCCAUUCAGAUCUACCAGCAGCUUGUCAGGGUGUUAGAAAAUAUUCUGCAGCCAAUGAUUGUUUCAGGAAUGCUGGAGCAUGAAACUAUCCAAGGUGUGUCAGGAGUGAAACCAACUGGCCUCCGAAAGAGGACCUCCAGCAUCGCAGACGAAGGGACAUACACACUGGACUCUAUCAUCCGGCAGCUAAACACCUUCCACUCAAUCAUGUGUCAACAUGGGAUGGAUCCAGAGCUGGUCAAGCAGGUAGUCAAGCAGAUGUUCUACAUCAUUGGAGCUGUGACGCUCAAUAACCUACUCCUGCGAAAAGAUAUGUGUUCGUGGAGCAAAGGAAUGCAGAUAAGGUACAACGUAAGUCAACUUGAAGAGUGGCUGCGUGACAAAAAUCUGAUGACCAGUGGAGCUAAAGAAACUCUGGAGCCUCUCAUUCAGGCAGCCCAGCUGUUGCAGGUGAAAAAGAAGACAGAUGAAGAUGCAGAGGCCAUUUGUUCUAUGUGCAAUGCCUUAACUACUGCACAGAUCGUCAAAGUUUUGAAUUUGUAUACUCCAGUUAAUGAGUUUGAGGAAAGAGUAACGGUGUCGUUUAUCCGGACGAUACAGAUGCGCAUGCGGGACAGGAAGGAUUCCCCUCAGUUGUUAAUGGAUGCCAAGCAUAUCUUCCCCGUCACUUUCCCAUUUAACCCAUCAUCUCUUGCAUUAGAAACUAUCCAGAUUCCAGCAAGUUUGGGUCUAGGGUUUCUCACUCGUGUCUGAAUCAAAUGUACACUUAGUCAUUGAUCAUGAGUUUUCUGCCUGUAAUUUCAAAUAAUGAAAAUUAGGAUUCUGGAAAACCAUUGUGGGGGAGGGGGAGGGGGAGUGGAAGUAUAAUAUUGUACAUGUCCUAAACCUCAUGGCCGGUAGAAAAGGCUGCCAGACUGUUUUAUGGCUGGAAGGCUGAUAGAAAUGUAUACAUUUGUAUAAAUCAUUGUUCGUGUGCUGAGGCCUAUAUAAAGUUUUCAGAGUUAAACUUUUUUUAAAGCUCAGAUUGAAUGCUUUUCUCUUUUUUGCUGGUCGUAAACUGGCUCAUAUUUGAAUCUCGAGCUGGAAACAGUAUGGCCAGGCAAAUUUGGAGACUAUUUCUUCUGGGAUUAGAACUGGAUUGUUCUGUGGCUACUGGGUGCCACCUGAAGAGGCAGUUCUCAGUUUAAGAAGACUGAGGGCCAUUUCAUGCCUUAUGAAUUCAGCGUGUACACCUGGCUGUGUUUGAAGUAGUCGACAGUGGCAGCCCCCGCUGCAUGUAUACAUGGUGGAAUAGAGAGGAAAAAGCUGCCAGUGUGGAUAGCUUCAUUGUACACUCUCAGUCCAUGUGAUUCUGACUCUCAUUUUGAUAGCCAAACCUACAGCUGAGGGGGCAUUUUAAUGUAUUUAAUUGUAGCUAAGUCAUGUAUGAUCUGAUCAGGAAAGACAGAGAAGAUAAUGUAAGAUUUUAGUUAAUUUAUAUAAUGAUUUUAGUGAAGUUAUAUAAGCAUUUAGGGGUAUCUCCUGUAUGAGAUGUUAGAGACUGGAAAGUAUAAUAUACACUGGCAAUAGAGGAACAGAAUUUUCAAGGCAUUUGGUCUGCACAAGUCCCGUUUAAGUAAACAAAGAGUACAGUUACACUGCUGAACGAUUCCCAUACAUUUAUUUGGGGAGUGCAGCAUAGAAAUUUGGACUAGAUUGCACUCAAAGAAGUAAUCUGUCAAACAGCUUCCCUAUUUAUGUCCCUGAGACAUAAAUUAUGACAUAUUUUAAAAGUCUUUUGGCUUACUAUGUGGUACAACAUAGCUGUUCAUUAGUUAGUACUAUUUCAAAACGUUAUCAAAGUGCUGCUGUGUGCUGUGUUCUUUUAAAUGUAUGAUAAUAAUAAUAAUCUUUAGGCAGGAGAAAAAGUAAAAACAAAACUUUAACAAACAAAACAGUCUUUCAGUAGGAUUUACACAAGUGUCAAGGAAUAUCACCUGUAAUGGUAAAUAACUAAGCACAAAUUACCAACUGGAAGCUGCAUAAAAAUUGUUUUUAAAGUACGGUAUGUUUACUAAAGUAUUCAAGUCUUUUAAAUGAACAAAACCCAGUCAUGUCAUGUUUCAGUAUUUAUUUAUCAUUAUGGGGUCCCCCCAGUUUUUCACCAUUGUUUUUUGUUUUCUUUUGUUUUUAAGUUCCAGUGGCAAGGGUGAGGUGCGUUUGAAGUAAUAUUAUUCAUCUGGGAUGGGGGAACAUGGUAUAAUCUCAGAUCCCUACCUGAAGGAGGAAUUCUCCCUCCUCCAAAAAAUCCCUUAAAUAUCUUGCUACAUAUUUAAUAUUUAAAAGGUAAAGCAAAUCUGAUCUGGAUGCACUUUUUAAUGAAGCUGCUGUACGACUUUACCUGAGGUUGCAUUUUGUGGCCUGGGGUGGGCGGGGGGGGGGGUUGCAGCUGAAGAUGGCAGCUGCCGUGGGGUCAGCUGUAUGGCUGGCUAAUUGGGAUGGAAGUCGUCGUGGCAGGCAACGUUGUGGUGGGCUGUCCAUGGCUUGCUGGUGACCAGUUGUCAGAGAAAAGGGGCAAUAUGCCCAGAGCCAGUGGUCAUUGCUUUGCUCCCCAACCCCGCCUCCAGCCUAUUCAAGCAGCCACCUGGGGAGAUGCUUUCAGUCUUAGCUGCUUUUCAUUGCUACCGGUUCCUUGUGUUUUGGUUUAUGCAAUGCAGCUAAUCGAAUCGUGGGGUGGGAGUAGGGUGACAUUUCACUCAGGCUCUCAGUGUUAUUCUGGGACGAUGAGGUCCACUUGUUGGAAUUGGUAAUGGACAUCUGACUGCAAAGCCUUCGACACAGGCUGCUUUAUUGGCUGCAGGUUGGCAGGGGGAUAGGGGGUCUCCUCUCCACUCUUGCGUUGGUUUGGGCACUGGGACGGAUCCUUUGGGGGGGAGUGAAACUUAUGUGCCCCCUGGUUUGGGGACCCUCUUAUUGGGUCUUGGGAGGUGGAGCUUUUCAGCUCAAGGGCUGCAGGUCAGCCCUCACCACCAGGUGACAAGGGAACCAUGCAGAGGCUGGUACCCACAUGGUUCCAAAGGCUUGUCACUCUGCAGCUGUAACCCCCCAGCAGACAGGCUGGGGAUGGUGGGUUCAUUGGGUGGCAGACAGGUCUCUUGAUGUAGGAUCCAUCCCUAUGCUGUGCCAGUGCUCCAGCACUGUAUUCAGUAAAGCCGUGGCCUUUGUUUUCCAACCAGGUCGGUGUGCUAUAUAAUUUCUCCCUCCCCACUCCCUUCCCUAGCUCCUGGGCCUGCAAUAUUCUGCUUUUCUGGAUCUUUCACUGGAUGUGACCACAACAAAGCUAAUGCUCGAUGUAAAAGAUAUUUACCAAGAUUUCACACAUUCUGUCAAUUUUGCCUCAGUGUGGAACUGACAUUUCAAAAUGUACCUUGAACCUUAAAGGCUCAAUGUUUUCCAGUCCUUGUUUUCUUUCUUUUAAACGUGAUCAGUGAUGAUUAUGUAUACAUAGCAAGAAUUACAUAUUUUGAAAUUUGCCACGUGCAAUAUUUUAAUGUAUUAUAACAACUGUUCUGUAUAUUUAUUUUAAAACAUAUCUAUGUGCUGCACAGGCCUGUUGUUAAACUGGACACAAUUUGCCUGCAAAUCCUUAGAAACUAUGUAACUGUUGUUUGAGAAGACCAGGAUAUUCCAGGGUUUACACAAGAUAAAUGUGCAAUUUGUACAUGGGUACUGAUAAAAGUAAAUAAAAUGAGCUUCAAUUGUGCUAGUACUGUUCUUUAAAAGAAAAGUGGGCUGGGAUGUGAAGGUGAAUGCCUUUAUGAAUAGUUGCUUUUAAAACUCUGGUUACCUACACUAAAGCAUUAUUGUUUAAUCUCUUUUCUUAUUUAUAGUAAACGAAAAGGUCUUUACUUGAAUAUGCUUAUAUCUGGCACUAAGUCUACUAAAUGACUUUCAACAAGGUGUUCUGCUUUUAGAACUUCCUUAAAACGCUCUGUUCAAAAGAAAAAACAACCCACCCCAAAACAAAACAUCCUCCGUGGCACUGGCCAGGUAGAGAUUUUUAUUGCCAAGAUGCACUGGGCAAAGGAAGUAGAUUGCAGAAGCAAGACCCCACUGCUGUAUGGGAGCCUUGAAAUACCCUAGCCUCAGCUGAUCAUGGCUUCUUUAAUUAUAGUGGAAUACAGUAACUUUUCACACUGUCUCUGACUUCCUAGUAUAUCAUGGUCUGUGACAUCAAGUAAUAAUGAUUAAGGCAGCAGCACUGUAAAAAUUAAAACCCAACUUUUAAAAAACCCUCCACAAUCUACAGUAUUUUCCUGCUGUUCCCACUGAACUAACUGAUGGAGCCCUCUUCAUCUUAGUGGAAGAAUUUUAUUCCAAGAGGUUCUUUAAAUGUAUGCUUCUUUUCAGUUUUACCUGUGCAAAAUAAAUUUACCUUGUUUACUCAGAAAAGUAAAUGUUUAUAGGCAUUAUCCUUAUGUUCAGUAGUUUUAUCAGUGUUACUUUCUGUCACAUUAAAAUUCUAUGCUGCUUGACAUGUUUUAAAGGAAAAUAUUUCUAAGCUGAACUGGUAUUUUGUAAUGCAUCGAACACCUGACGUAACAGUAUUACUUGCACCUUUCAGAAGUUUUCAAGGCUAGCAUCUUUAAACCCCAAACAAUUGUUUUUGCUUAUUUUUUCCCUUUAAAGCAUGGUUGUGUUCUUUUAAUGUGGACAUUUCUUUGUUAAUUUGAUAUUGAAACUGCUCUCCAGUGCUAGAAACAAGACAGCCCCUUUGAAUGGUACGGACCUGAAGUAUUGCAAAAAUAUUACCUCUUUAGGUUUCUGUGGGGUUUUUUUUAAUCCCCCUCUUCCAAGCAUAAAUUUACUGAUGUCAGAAACAUAAUCAUGUCCAGACUUCAGCCAGACACUUCUCUGGCUUCAAUCCGGGAUAGAUCUUAGUGCUGAAAGAUUCUGCUGUGUUAUUACCUGAUUGUGUGUAAUCCUGUGCCCCAUUGAAACAUAUCUGCACGUAGCUGCAUUGCAAGGACCGCACUCCUGGCCUUCACAAGUAAGGAAAAGUGUGCUAUACAACAUGUUUACCUGGAUGUAGAGACCCUGCUGCUGUUGCAUGAUAGCACAGCUAUUCUUGAAUGCAUUGCUUUCCACAGAAUCCCGCCUUGUGCACUACCAAAGGGAAUCCUUUGUGGAUUGGUGGAGUGGAUUUCUACAGGAUCUUGUCCAUGUGGAAGCAGUGACAGUGGCAAAUGACUGCAGAUAUAGCCCAUCUGUCCUCCAGAGAGAAAGCAAGAACGUAAAUCUGUAAGCCAGACUUUGGCCCUUUUUGCUCAGCAAAGAGGAGGAUGUUUUUAAAAAUGAAGUCUCAUCUCUGGUUCAGAGCUAAUAUGUGUACUUGUCCCCUUGAUAUCAGUAAAACAUUUCCACGGAGACUGCUUGGGACACUGGAUUUUUGUUCGUUUGUUUCUUAAGUUGCUCCAUAUCUCAAAUCCACCAGCAUUUGAAAGGUGAAGGGCGCUUUUAUUUAGUGUUUAAAACUGGACACACAUUUCAACAUUGCAUAAAAAAUCCUUUGAAAAUUACUAUUUUUAAAUCUGUAAUUCUUUUUGGAACAAAACCGUGGACGAUAGGUUUUCACUAGAUAUUGCCACCGUGCUUAGAUAGGAAACUAAAACGGUGUAUCAGAAUGACAUACGCUCGAAACUGUCAUAGUGUGACAUUGUACUUAGUAAACAUAUGCUUCAUAAACACUGUUAUCUUAGCUGUCACUGAAAUGUCCAAAUAAAAAUACAACUGUUAAGUCUC